UCAGUCUUGUUGUCGGAGUGAAAUAGGCAGCAGAGGACAGACCGAGGACAUCCUGCAUUCAUCGGGCGGAGGAAGACUGUACUCUCCAACAAGGGUGUGCCGACGACGGAGUUGUGUACUGUACAGUGUCCCCCUUUUGUGCUCCAGCGGGCGACGUCAGUCUCAAACACCCUCUUUUGUCACUUUGCCCGAGUGAGACGCAGCUGAUGGCCCGUCUGUCUGUCCACUGCGACGAGCAGAGAGACACGACGAGGACCGGCGAUGCUUCCCCUGCCAAUGCCUGCUGCCGAGGAGGAGGAGGAGGGGCAAGAAGGGUCGAAGCCGGGAAUGAUCGUCUGUGUCGAAAUUGACGGUGCCUCCGUCUGUGCCACGGCCUUUUACGAGGAUGGCAUCCAGGUAGUCGCGUCGUCCUGCACCGACGUGGGCCUUUUCACCGACCGUCACGGCGAGGGCGGCGGCGGCGGCGGCGGCGACGACGACGACGAGGACAGGGACGUCGAGGCGUGGACAGAGGCCUUUGUCGCGCUCCUCGGCCGGCUCUGCGCGACUGAGGCAGUGCAGCGUGGCCAGGUCACCGCCUUUGCCAUCUCGACCAGGCACGCGGCGCCGAUCUUUGUGCGCGCCUCUUCGGCUGAGUGUGCAUACAAUCGCAGUAGGACCACAGGAGGAGCUGUACCGACAGAGACAACAGCAAAGAUGAUGACGACGACGAUGGCAGAGGGAAAGGUGGCGGCGACGGGGUCGUUCGCGAGCGCCAUCGAGCAGCGAUGGGCAUCAAACCUCGCAUGCGCAAUCACGACGCCCGCCAGCCUGCUCACGUCGCUCCUGGCAGGCCGCCCACACGCCAGGAUCGAUGCCAACGAGGCAGCCGCGACCGGUCUCUUCGACGCAGUAAAGGGGACGUGGGACCGGGUUGCCCUCGACGGAGUGUCACGCGGCGAGGGAGGACGUCUCGCGUCGAUGCUGGGCUCCGUCACGCAGUAUGAAGAAGCCAUCCACGGCCGCACCGCGUGCUCGGCCUGGCUGGAACAUCGCCUACCCGCGCUCAACAUACGCGACGCUCUCGCUGGCGGCUGCCGCGUGCUGCCCGUGCUCGAGGCCAGUGUUGCCAUCUUCCUCUCUUUUCGCCCGCACCCGCUCGACGUCGUGCUGGACCUUGGCCCCGACGACACGGUGCUCGCACCCGUGUGCAAGCCUGCGCCGGAUGCAUGCUUCGACGGCACGCCAUCCAAUCCGACGCUGCUGCUGCCCAAUCCGCUGGCGCGCUUGGUCACGGCCUCGUCCUCUUUACUGGCCCCACGGCCGUGGCUGGCGGUGUCGACGCUGCGCAGCGCUGGCGAGGCGCGCCGCAUCGUGCGCGACUCGCACGCCAAUGCAAAGUGGACUGUCUUUGACCGCCUCCUCGCCGCUGUCCCCUUUGGCGGCUCGGCAGGCAUGGACAACAAGCUGUUCAGCGUCGUUGUGCCCGGUGCCGCGCGGCAGCCACCGUCGCAGCAGCAGCAGCAGCAGCAGAAUAGCACGUCCUCGUCCUCCUCGUCUACAUCACCAUCGCCCUCCGUCGAGAUGCUCAAGUUCGAAAAGGGCAUCCGCGUCACCGACUUUGGCAACCCGUCGGCGAACCCACGGUGCCUCGUCGAGGGCCAAGCCAUGGCACUGCGAUCGCACCUCUCGCGCUGCCUUGCCGGCUCCCUCGUUGGUCCCGCUACAAGCAACGGCAGCAGCAGCAGUUCGCAUGCGUCGCUCCUGUCGCUCCUCCAGCAGUCGCCCGACGCCAUCGACCGCGAAGUGCUGGCGCCACGCCUGCUCAAGCAGACCGGCCAGCAAGGCGCCGGCUACUGGGGUGCCGCCGGCAGCCUCGCCUUCGACCCGUACGACCGAAGGACGAUACCGGCGCGCGUGCUGGCGCGCGGAAAGGCCGCAAGCAACGCCGCCAUCGCAGACGUUUUUUCAGCCAUCCUCGGCGCAGACGUGUAUGUCGACCCGCGAACCGCAACGCAAGACGGGCUGCACGGUCAGGGGGAGAUAGGCGCUGUGGAUUGCCGUCUACCGCCGUCGCCGUCGAGCGAGGCACGUGGCGCUGUGUUCUACGCGCUGGCAUGCAUGUAUGCGCGCGAGAGCGAGACGUUUGACGGUGUCGUGCAGCGCUUCCUCGACAGCGGCCGAGGGCGGCGCGGUCUAAUGAAGGGUGACAGCUACGAAGAGCAUCAGCAAGAAGGGGAGAGCCGGUGGGACGGCAUCGACGAGGAGGAGGGUUCGACGCCUCGAGCGUGCCUGCUCAACCUCGCCGUCAGGGAUGGCAGGCCAGGCCUGGCAGCAACGACAGAUGAUAAUGACGAAGACGACAACAAGAGCGAGAUGCAUGUAAUGACGGGCAGCAGCAGCAGCAGCUACAAUACUCGCAGCAGCAGGCCACGGUCAAGCACGCUGCCGACGACGGCGAUGCUCACGUCGCGGCACCGUGAGGCGACGAGCAUCAACGGCCUGCUGCUCCUCGACGGCGAGGCAUCGACGGUGGACCAGCGAGCCGCGGCAGCAGCGGCAGCCGCCACGCAGCGGGGACGGCUUCCCUCGCGCGGUCGGGCGAGAGGCAGGGUGGCGAGCAUGAGCGUCGGCCUGGCUGAUGGGCAGCGGCGAGGAGAGCAGUGGUGUGGGAGCAGGUGGAGCAGCAGCAGCAGCAGUGGCAGUGGCAGUGGCAGUGGCAGCCGCAGCCGGGCCAGCGACGGGGGAAAGAGCAGCGCGAGCCGGAGCAGCCUCGAGUGCACGCUUCAGCAGCAGCAGCAGCACCAUCACUCCACGGCGCGCCAGAGAGCAACAACGACGACCACAACGACAACAAUGACAAGAACGACGAGUCAGGAGACGGGGGCAGAGAAGGACAGACUGACGCGCGUGGCCAAGAGCGACGACGACGUCUGGCUCAUCUACGGCAGCCUCACCGAGGAGUACGUGCGCCUUGCGUCGAUGGCUUUGCUUUAGAUCGCCUCAUUCUUCUUCUUUCCAUUUCUUCCUUCGUACAUCAAGA